GAGUCAGUCUUCAGUGAGGCAGCAGUGAGGGAGGACCAUGCGGCUGACGGGUUCUCUCUCCCACCAGCUCCACCGUCACCUUCACCUUCAUCUUCAUCUUCAUCUUCAUCUUCACCAGCGCCCCGUAAACCCCACCGCGCCCAGCUGAGGAGGAACGACUAUGUCCGGGAACAACACCACGUCCUCGCCGGCGGCGGAGACGAGGGACUACACCUGCGUGCGCUUCUACGUCUCCACCGUGUCCUUCUCGGUGCUGCUCUUCUUCAACCUCAUCAUCAACUCCACCAUCGUCCGCGUGGAGCACCUCCGGCGCCACGCGCGCUUCGUGCUCGUCUUCCACCUGCUGCUGUCCGCCCUGGUCUACCUGGGCACGAGCAGCGUCUUCUACCACCAGAUCCACCAGGGCGCGCGGCCGGAGCGCGCCGCCUGCUUCGCCAUGAUCACCGUCUUGAUCUGCAGCGGCUCCAACAUCCUCCUGACGCUCACGGUGAUGGCGCUGGACCGCUACUGCGCCGUGUGCCACCCGAUGCGCUACACGGCGUGCUGCGCGGCGGGGCACUGGCCCUGGCUGCUGGGCGUGCUCACCUGGCUGGUGGCGCUGGGCAUCCCGCUCAGCCUGCUGCUCCAGACCAGAUGGGACGACUAUCACGGCGAGUGCGGCCGGGAGCAGCUGAGGAAAGGCGAGCUGCAGAAGGUGCUGUUCAUCGGCGUGUGCACGCUGCUCAUCCUGUACAGCUACGUGAGGAUCCUGGUGGAGGGCCGCCGGUUGGGGGUGCUGAACCGGCGCAACCGGGCCGGCUGCAGGACGAUCGCCCUGCACGGCAGCCAGCUCGCGGUGUUCCUCCUCCCGAACUUUGUGAACUUCGUGCUGACGAUGUUGUACAAACGGGAGCUCGUCCAGCAGGGGACCAAGGAGCUCUCGGCCGUGGUCAUCUUCGCCUUCUUCAGCCUGGCGCAGUGCGUCGCGCCGGUCGUGUACGGCCUGCGUAAAGAGGAGCUCCUGGAGGAGCUGAGCCACAGGUUCCCCUGCUGCUCCCGGUACUUUAAGAGUGUCCUCGGCUGGACUGUGCACGUCAGCUGGACACAAACCAGCAACCGAACGCGGGAGCGAACGCUGACAGCCCAGACCAUCAUCUCCCUGGAGGUCCCGCAUGUCCCAGAGGAGGAAACCAGCCCGAUGUCGGUCAUGAAUUCCACACAUGACUCGGACUCGUGUUAAGGCGAUACGGACAGUGCCUGAUGGAGGGGGGGGGAACCAGGUCAUGAUCCCGACAGCCACAGGAACGUUUGGAUAAUACGUGAGCUGAUGUUCUCGGCUCCGGCCUCCAGGGAACUGAACUGAACUUAGACUAAAAGGAACUGCCUUGGACAUAAUGAUCCAGAUCUUUAAGGUUUCCUUCCUCACCGGACCUGGACGUGCAUCAUUGUCGGGACUUCAGCGUGUUUUUAUUUUGCUCUCUUUUUGAACUCCUGUCAGGCGGGAGCUGCUCAGUGACAGUGCGGUCUGGAAAGAAGUGGGGCAGUCCUCUAAACGUACGUGUUCCUUGGCUGGCCCUGGGAUUUUAAAACCUCAAUUCUUCAAGCACAAGGCCGCUCCUCUAACCUCCCGCUAACAAACCCUGCAUCAUUUUGGGAUUAAAAUGACUUGGAUGGAGGAUAUAUUUUAAUAUACCGUCUGGAGAAUGUUGUGUCCAUGUGUUUCUUAACCUUGUGGAUAUUAAAAAUUGUGAGAUGAACAGUCUAGCGCCGGCUGAAUGUGUCCAGCAACUUUGGAAUUAAGAGUGGGAAGGUCACACAGUUGGGCAUUUCGUCAUCAAGUGAGCAUUAGCGAGCUCUCAUGAUAAAAAGCACAUAUAUUGGUGAUCUUGUACUGGGGAUCACUUGGUAUAAGAUCAUACAAGCUAAAGGCGGCUGUUGAUUUAGCUCAAAGAAGCGGGAAACGGCUAGCCCAACUAUUAAAACAAAGAAAACAUACAAAUUGUGGAAGCCAUGUUACAGCGAGCAAACGACGUGUGUAAUGUGUUCAUUGGCGAGCUUUACAAUUGCUGGUAGGCAGAUGUUGUUAUGUUUAGAAAAGCAGGGCUAGCUUUUUCCUCAUUUCCUGUCUUUACGCUAAGCUAAUCAUUUUCCGGCUUUAGCCUGGCACUAAAGGGACACUUAAAAGCCUAAAAGCUUCUUUUUUUUAUGACGCAAGGCUAACAGGAUGGGCUGAUACACCUGAAUGACCCUUGACUUUCUCCGAGCCUGCUCUCUCAAUAUUUACCUUUACUAAAAGAAAAAAAAAAAAAAAGGAAUAAUAUAAUAACUGGGGAGCGUCCACAUGCAGGUGCAACCGUGGCUCGCUUUGCCGCUCAGCUCGUCGGCCGGUUUUUAGUCAGAGGCCCGGCUCGUGAAUUCCGGGGAAAUUCUCAACACUUCAACCGCAGGGCUCGUGAAGCACUGGCACAGCCCUCACCGUCACUCAGUCUCGCACCCACAGCGCAGUCAUGUCUGUUUUAUAUCUGCAAGCAGGAAGAGGUUCCUGUUUGUGCUUGACAGCGACUCUUAUACAGCUGGCAGAGCAUUUACAGUUUCUGCUGUGGAUGCCGUGAAAGCCAAGCUGUAGGCCGCUUCGAAUACAGCAGAAAUAGGAAGUAGGUUUGGCGGGCAAAAUAUUGCAUUACUUUUUGCUGAGCUUCAAUAUUUGAUUUUUUUUUUGUUGUCGUUUUUUAAGGGUUAGGAAGGAAGAAACCAGAAAGGGGUAGUGUAGUCUGGCUUGUUACAGGAAAAAUUCAUUAAUCUGAGAGCAACGUACUUCAAGAGGAGGCAACAGCUGUACUUCAGACAGACAAAUGAAUAGAUACUUUAUUCUUUAAUCCCUAUGAGUAAGUGCGUUGCUAAAACAAAAAGCUCAAAAGUACAUUUGCACAACACCGCCACUCCGCCAGAACAGUCGAGACAGUCGUCUGGCACCUGCAGACGCAUUUUUUUUAGAUCACUAAUAGCAACGAGAUUACGGUCUGAAAACAGCAGCACUGGUUGGUCGCACAACAAGCUAGCAGGAAGGCGAGAAUGUGCAGAUCUAAUUCAAGUUUUAUUUAACAGCACAUCAAGAAAAGUUACUCAAAAAUCAGGUAUGCAGACGGAUGGUUAACUUUCUACAAUUACAGUUAAUGGUGCCUGCAACCCUCAGCAGAGAAAAUACACAGUUGCACUUUGGAAGUUAAUGUGACGGCACGUUUAAAAAACAAAAAAAAACAUGUUAAAGCUCUCUGUUUGACUCAAGUCUCAACAGGAGCUUCGAACAGCAUCCAUGGACCGGUUUCUAAGGCAACGGCUUUUUUGCUCCUGAAGUUAAUAUUUUUUUUGUGAAAAGCACCGAUUGAGCUUAAUACACAUGCAGAAAGGCGUCAAAGUACAUCAACACCACACCGUUAUAUACAUUUGAUCACAAUGUAGAUACACGGACAAACUAGAGUGCCAUUUAAAGUUCAUUUAUGUGUAGAUCGCUUUCUUAACGGAUCAGUUCAAAGCUUCCGCUGUUUACUGGCCCUACUAUCUCAAAGUUGCAUUAUUUGUUUUUCAAAAGGAAAAAAAAAACAAAAACAAA